AGGCAAGGGAGCGUCCUACGUGAGGUUUGAACUAAGGUAAAACGCUCAUUCGCUUUGUUACGUACUGCUUGAUUUUAAGUUACAUAUACAUGUAUAUUUGAUAUGCAAAUACAAUUUCCCAAUGCACUGUCUGGUCCAUUGCAAAUAAUUUCAUCAGGUCAUGGUGUUUUUAAAAAUUGUGUUUUCUUGUGUUAUGACGUGCGUAUUUUAUGCGUGGCAAUGUCUACAAAAUUUUAAUCAAUGUAAAAAAUGUGUUUAACUUUGACGCAGUCUGCAUAGCUGGAUAUUUUUUGAAGGCGUUUACUUAUUGAAAAUAUAAUUGUGCAGGAUUUGUCCCGCUGGUGUGGGUUAUUUGAGGAUAUGGCUAUUAAAGGUGCAACAGAGAUUUGGAGGUUAUGUUUACAACUCAUGAAUAGUGCCAUCGUUCGGGUUAAAAUCAUAAGACUACUGUCAUAAACGGGAACAUAUGUUGUGUUGGAUGUAUCACGUUGAUGCAUAUGUAAAUGUUGUCAGAAUUUAAAGUGCGCGCACGUACUGGCCAUUGUUGGUUCUAACCAAAUUAACGUUAUCAACAAAAGGAUUUUGUUAAUAAAAUUUAGGAAAGUUUGGGAUACUUUGAUUAAACUUAACUGUGCAUGCAUACAUGGUCGAUCAUUCAAAGUCAUUAUCCCGCCUAAUAAUUUUGCCCCCCCCCCCCAAUCACCAAAUGUAUCACUCCUAAGAGCGUUCGAGUCCUAUGGAAAGUGGUGUGUAGAAAGAGCAUAAAAAGAAAACCUUUUAAUCAAACAUUCAAGUUACAAUUAUUCGUCCUCGCAUAUAGGCCUAAUUCUAUUCUUGUUGAGUCAAAACGCCCAUAGGAAAGGCAUUUCGACAUGCUCCCUGUUCUCUUCAUGAAAAUGACACUUACAUAUCAAUAAAUAACUAUAUACUAUUUUGGCUCAUGAGUUCGUUCUUAUAAAACCAUUGAACAUUACAUUACAAUUUGUGUACUACUAUACAAAAUAAGUUUGUAGAGAUCUAGGUCUAAUACCUGAAUUUAUUUCAAACAAAUUAAACUGCGUGAUAUUUUAUGCAUGUGCAUGCAUGUAAGCAAUUAUUGAUGGAGUUGAACACUUUAGACUUUAUUAACAUUGGCAAUGUUGAAUACCAUAUUGACAACCUGUCCUUUGUCUUUAAGGAAAAAAAUAAUUAAUAUUUAAGUUCUUAAUUAUGGUACAAAUUGAACAUUAGAAUAUAUUUUUCUCCCAAUAACCUAAUUAUAAAUAUAUUAUUUUCUAAGUUAAUAAGAAAAUCUCCAUUAGCUUCUCCAUUAAUGUUAAUUAUCGGGUCCUGUGGGUAUUUCUCACAUAUCUCACAUUUGUCGUUCAGCAUACACCACUAUCCGUCAGAUCAGCUCCAUACGCCACUACCUCAGAGUGAGCGCUACAAAAACUCUAGUCUGUGCUCUUGUUCUCUCUCGUCUUGACUAUUGCAACUCUCUUCUGUCAGGUUCAACAAAACACUGCAUAGAAAAACUACAGAAGGUUCAAAACUCAGCUGCUAGCUAGUUUUAAAGGCAAAAAAACCCUGAUCACGUCACUCCACUACUCCAUUCCCUUCAUUGGCUACCUAUACAGGCACGCAUUGACUACAAGUUGUCUGUUCUCUGUCACAACUUUUUCUUGGAUUCCUGCCCUUCCUAUCUAACCGAAUUUCUUUCUGUCUAUUCACCCCUUCGACAGCUUCGCUCCUCUGCAGACACGCGUAUUCUGUCCGUUCCCAAGACACACACUAAAACAUAUGGUGAACGAUCUUUCUCUUUCUGCGCCCCCAAACAAUGGAAUUCUUUGCCACUACACAUACGCAAUAUACCAACCACCCAGGCCUUCAAAACUGCACUCAAAACAUAUUUUUUAAAAUUAUGCUACCCUGACUGAUUCCCCUCCUCUGACCGAUAAACGAUCUUGCUGGCUGCCGUCCAUGGUUUGCCUUGUAAAAGUUAUGUGGUGGGGUACGUGAAUAUACAUUGCAGUUCUAUAUUUCAUUAAUGUAUUUUAUUUUAAUGUCAUGAUUAUGUCUCUUUUGAUAAAAUUUUUAUGUACAGCGCGGUGAGCCCAGCCUUAGGUUGGGGUACCGCGCUAUAUAAGACGUCUUAUUAUUAUUAUUAUUAUUUCAGUGCCAAGCAGGGGUGCUGCUCUGAAACAUUUCACCUGAAAUCGGCUUCAAACAACCAGUAUUUUUUUCAUAACAGGUAAGUGGCAAACUGCAAAAUAUAAAAUUUGAAUUGAUUUACAUCAUUUACACUUCAUUAUCUAUCAAAUAGUCGGUACAGCCAAGUUUUCUGUAACAGUCAUGACUUAUUAAGGUAAUUGUCGUCAAAUGAAAUUAUUUUUUCUUCAAAAUAUUUGGAAGAAAAAAAAGGGUGUGGGGGGGGGGUAUUAAUAAAAAUUUAACAAAAACAUAAAAAACAACAUCAGCACAAAAUAAAACAUUUCAGUGGGCACUAAUAAAAAUCGUACAUAUAGUAUACGUUUUAAAUGAUGCGACCAACCCCUUAAUAAUAGUACCACAUAUAUAUAUUUCCAUCAGCCGCUUAGUGCCAUACACACACUUGAAUAAGUCAUGUAAGCGCUGCAUACCAUUUCCUAUUAGCGCCACAUACCCACUACUAUCAUCGCCUGAUAAAAAGUUCUAUCAGCGCCACAUAAUCACUUCUAUCAGCGCCACAUAACCACUACUAUCAGCGCCACAUACCCACUUCUAUCAGCGCCACAUAAUCACUACUAUCAUCGCCACAUAACCACUUCUAUCAGCGCCACAUAAUCACUUCUAUCAGCGCCACAUACCCACUUCUAUCAGCGCCACAUAAUCACUUCUAUCAGCGCCACAUAAUCACUUCUAUCAGCGCCACAUACUCACUUCUAUCAGCGCCACAUAAUCACUUCUAUCAGCGCCACAUAACCACUUCUAUCAGCGCCACAUAAUCACUUCUAUCAGCGCCACAUAAUCACUUCUAUCAGCGCGACAUAAUCACUUCUAUCAGCGCCACAUACCCACUUCUAUCAGCGCCACAUAAUCACUUCUAUCAGCGCCACAUAAUCACUUCUAUCAGCGCCACAUAAUCACUACUAUCAGCGCCACAUAAUCACUUCUAUCAGCGCCACAUAAUCACUUCUAUCAGCGCCACAUAAUCACUUCUAUCAGCGCCACAUAAUCACUUCUAUCAUCGCCACAUACUCACUUCUAUCAGCGCCACAUAAUCACUUCUAUCAGCGCCACAUAAUCACUUCUAUCAGCGCCACAUAAUCACUUCUAUCAGCGCCACAUAAUCACUUCUUUCAGCGCCACAUAAUCACUUCUAUCAGCGCCACAUAAUCACUUCUAUCAGCGCCACAUACCCACUUCUAUCCGCGCCACAUAAUCACUUCUAUCAGCGCCACAUAAUCACUUCUAUCAGCGCCACAUACCCACUUCUAUCAGCGCCACAUACCCACUUCUAUCAGCGCCACAUACCCAAUUCUAUCAGCGCCACAUACCCACUACUAUCAGUGCCACAUACCCACUUGUAUCAGCGCCACAUAAUCACUUCUAUCAGCGCCACAUAAUCACUUCUAUCAGCGCCACAUAAUCACUUCUAACAGAGCCACAUACCCACUUCUAUAAGCGCCACAUACCCACUUCUAUCAACGCCACAUAACCACUUCUAUCAGCCACAUAAUCACUUCUAUCAGCGCCACAUAAUCACUUCUAUCAGCGCCACAUAAUCACUUCUAUCAGCGCAACAUAAUCACUUCUAUCAGCGCCACAUACCCACUACUAUCAGCGCCACAUAACCACUUCUAUCAGAGCCACAUACCCACUUCUAUCAGCGCCACAUAAUCACUUCUAUCAGCGCCACAUAACCACUACUAUCAGCGCCACAUACCCACUACUAUCAGCGCCACAUAAUCACUUCUAUCAGCGCCACAUACUCAUUUCUAUCAGCGCCACAUAACCACUACUAUCAGCGCCACAUAAUCACUUCUAUCAGCGCCACAUAAUUACUUCUAUCAGCGCCACAUAAUCACUUCUAUCAGCGCCACAUACCCACUACUAUCAGCGCCACAUAACCACUUCUAUCAGCGCCACAUACCCACUUCUAUCAGCGCCACAUAAUCACUUCUAUCAGCGCCACAUAACCACUACUAUCAGCGCAUCAUACCCACUUCUAUCAGCGCCACAUACCCACUCCUAUCAGCGCCCCAUACCCACUUCUAUCAGCGCCACAUACCCACUUCUAUCAGCGCCACAUAAUCACUUUUAGCAGCGCCACAUAACCACUACUAUCAGCGCCACAUAAUCACUUCUAUCAGCGCCAUAUACCCACUACUAUCAGCGCCACAUACACACUUCUAUCAGCGCCAAAUAAUCACUACUAUCAGCGCCACAUAAUCACUUCUAUCAGCGCCACAUAAUCACUUCUAUCAGCGCCACAUAAUCACUUCUAUCAGCGCCACAUAAUCACUUCUAUCAGCGCCACAUAAUCACUUCUAUCAGCGCCACAUACCCACUACUAUCAGCGCCACAUACCCACUACUAUCAUCGCCACAUAACCACUUCUAUCAGCGCCACAUAAUCACUUCUAUCAGCGCCACAUACCCACUACUAUCAGCGCCACAUAACCACUUCUAUCAGCGCCACAUACCCACUUCUAUCAGCGCUACAUACCCACUUCUAUCAGCGCCACAUACCCACUUCUAUCAGCGCUGCAUAACCACUUCUAUCAGCGCUACAUACCCACUUCUAUCAGCGCCACAUACCCACUUCUAUCAGCGCCACAUAAUCACUUCUAUCCGCGCCACAUAACCACUUCUAUCAGUGCCACAUACCCACUUCUAUCAGCGCCACAUACCCACUUCUAUCAGCGCCACAUAACCACUUCUAUCAGCGCCACAUACCCACUUCUAUCAGCGCCACAUAAUCACUUCUAUCAGCGCCACAUACCCACUACUAUCAGCGCCACAUAACCACUUCUAUCAGCGCCACAUAAUCACUUCUAUCAGCGCCACAUACCCACUACUAUCAGCGCCACAUACCCACUACUAUCAUCGCCACAUAACCACUUCUAUCAGCGCCACAUAAUCACUUCUAUCAGCGGCACAUACCCACUACUAUCAGCGCCACAUAACCACUUCUAUCAGCGCCACAUACCCACUACUAUCAGCGCCACAUAAUCACUUCUAUCAGCGCCACAUACCCACUUCUAUCAGCGCCACAUAAUCACUUCUAUCAGCGCCACAUACCCACAUCUAUCAGCCCUGCAAAGCAAAUUCUUUCAGCUUUACAUACCCUAUUCUAUCAUCGUUGCAUAUCCUAUUCUAUCAUCGCUGAAGUCCCUAUUCUAUCAGCGCUGUAAACCCUAUUCUAUCAGCGCUGUAUACCUACUUCUAUUAGCGCUGUAUACCUACUUCUAUUAGCGCUGUAUACCUACUUCUAUUAGCGCUGAAUACCCUAUUCUAUCAUCGCUGAGUACCCUAUUCUAUCAUCGCUGAAGUCCCUAUUCUAUCAUCGCUGAAGUCCCUAUUCUAUCAUCGCUGAAGUCCCUAUUCUAUCAGCGCUGAAUACCCUUUUCUAUCAUCGCUGUAAUCCCUAUUCUAUCAGCGCUGUAUACCUACUUCUAUUAGAGCUGCAUAGUCACUUCUCACAGCGCUGCAUACCAACUUCUAUGAAGACUAAAUUCCCACUUCUAUCAGCACUGCAUACUCAAUUCUACCAGGGUUACAUACCCACUUCUAUCAGCGCUGAAUACCCAAUACAAUCAACGCUGCAAUCACACAUUUAUAAGCGCACCAUACACACCUCUUUUAGCACUGCGUAGUAACUUCUAACAGCACUGCAUACCCACCUCUAUCGGCUCCACAUACCCUCUUCUAUAAGCGCUGCAUGACAACUUCUAACAGCGAUGCCUAACCAUUUAUAACAGCGCUGCAUACCCACAUCUAAUCAGCACUUCAUACCCACUUCUAUCAGUCAGACAGACACAGACACACACACACACACACAGACACACACACACACAGACACACACACAAACACACAGACGCACAAAGACAGACACACACAGACACACAGACACACAGACAGACACACACACACACACACACAAACACACACACAGACAGACAGACAGACAGACAGACAGACAGAUAGAUAGACAGACAGACAGACAGACAGACAGACAGACAGACAGACAGACAGACAGACAGACAGACAUUCAUGUAUAUAUAGAGAGAUUGUUUUUUACUCUUUGGUGUCUGGUCGAAUAAGAUGAAUUGAUGAUAGUAUUAAAAAAAAAAGUAAAUUUGUUUUAAAUUGUGUCUUAAGAUUGAUGUAAAAAAAGUAAAAUGGGUUUAAAAUUGUUUCUUUAGGUUGUGGUAGAAAAGUAAACGUUUUGAAAAAUGAGUCUUUAGGUUGUGGUAGAAAAGGGUAAUUUGUUUAAAAUUUUUUCUCUUAAAACUGUGGUAAAAAAGGAAAUUUGUUUAAAUUGUUUCCAUAGGUUGUGUUAAAAAAGACACACGGACCAUGAAGGGAAUUGGUCUUAGCUUGCUCAUACUUUUAAACCUACUAGUAGGUGGCCAAGGCACAUGCUCAAUGACUGAAUGGCUCCUCAACUUUGACAAGGAAGGACAUUCUCAAUGUGAAAUAGAUAAUACCUACAUACGAGGCUUCUAUCGAAGUGCCAGAUGGAGCUGGAGUAGUGAUGACGGAAUAGGUCUGAUAGAAGGUGCCCAGUGUUGCUCCCCGAACUCGCCAUGGACUAGCUCUGGAACGCAGACGGUCUUCGCGGAUUGGACCAAACUCUUUGACAACAACAACGUGUGGGCCAAUUGUCCGGCUGGCUAUUUCCUUCAAGGUCUGUACAGAAGUGGACAAUUCCCUGGUUUGCUUCACAACAUAGAAGAUGGUAGAUGCACAAAACCCGCUGACCAUCCGAAUUACUACGGGCAGUGUUACGAUGAGGAUAUCAGUGUUUGCUUUGAUGAUAAAGGUUUGUGCAAGUGCAAGGAUGAUUACUUAGUAGCAGGACUAUACCGAGGAACUUGUGACAACCUUUAUUGCCUGGAGACCCUGAAAUGCUGCAAGAUGGCCGACAAGCCUGAAGAUCUGGACGAUCUCUACAAGGUCAAGUCCCGUGUCAUGGACACAACUAUGUCAGACAUCGCUUUCAUAGCAAGUUACCUGGGUUACGGCUGGUGCGCUGGAUGCAGAGCUCUUUACACGGGUGAGGAUUUCAGACGGGAUGGCGAUACUUGGCGGGCUGACAAAAGCAGGGCUUGUCAGGGGUACAUGAACGAGCAGCGCCUCGCUAUGGCAUACGGCGACUGGGGCUUUUCCAUGAAAGACAUAAAAUAUGGUGAUCCAGUCAUAGAGUAUUUGAAGCCGGAAUCCAUCGACAGUGGGACAAUUUACAACAAUGAUAAUACGAAAGUUACAAAAAGCAUUCACAGAUCUCAGACAAGCGUGAGACGUGUGACUCACACGAAGACGAGCUCUUGGAAAAACGGUCACGAAUUGGGUCUAACCUUCAGCUACACACCUUCCUUCUUCACCGGUGGCUCCGGAUUCUCAGCGUCCUACAAUUUUUACUACGAGUCUUCAUCGAGAGUUACAGAUGAGACCAACAACCAACAGUCCAACACGUUCACUGUCAACUCAUCCAAAACCAUCAAGCCUUACUCAGCCGCAAAGUGGGAUAUGAUCCUAUCCAAGGUACGCACGACCGUGACCUACACUGCGACCAUCGUAGUAAAAUUUUCAACUGAGCUUCAGGGAUUUAUGCGGUGGGGAGGAGGUCCUUACCACCCAAGAACAAAUUACCACUACCAGUAUCAUGGCAGUGGCGACCGCCCGACAGUCAAUUACAGGUUCGGAGACAGCAAAGUACCUUUCUACACUGCACUCAAACGAGAGAGUGACACCAACAGCAGACCGUGGAUGUGGUACGAAAUGAAACACGCUUACUCUGACGCUGCUGACCGCAUCGAUGACCUUGCCAACGACGAAAGAUAUAUCUUCACUCUCAGCGGAAAAUUUGAGGAGGUCCGGGGUAAAAGAGUAGUUAUCCAUUGGCGCACUACUCCACUAAAUGGUACACACAAAUAAAUGCAGAUUUAAACUGAAUUAUCGCGACAUAUUACGCCCUGAUAAAUAAACGACAUGAUUUGUUUAUAAUUAUUUCAAGGACGAAAAAUUUAGAUUUAAAAAAGCAAUAGAACUUACCUUUAACAUUAUAAUAUUGACAAAAAUAAUAGACAAUAACAUAUGAAUAAAACAUUGAAAUAAAAUAAUGGCUGUUGAACACACUUUUGUUUGAUCAUAAUUUGAGACUUUGGUUAAGUAAAAAUAGUUUGAGACUGUUUUCAAGUUAAAUAAAUUUGUCACUGUGAUCAAGUUAAAUAAGUUUGAUACUAUGACCAAUUUGAGUAAGCUUGUAACUGUGGUCAAGUUAAGUAAGUUUGAGUCUGUGGUCAAGAUAAAUAACUUUGAGACUGUGGUCAAAUUAAAUAUGUUUGUAAAUGUGGUCAAGUUAAAUAAGUUUGCAACUGUGGUCAAGUUAAAUAAGUUUGUAACUGUGGUCAAGUUAAACAAGUUUGUAACUGUGGUCAAGUUAAAUAAGUUUGUAACUGUGGUCAAGUUAAAUAAGUUUGU